UAUCCGCACAUGCGCAUUAGAAACUCAACGUACUGAAUUUAAUGAAGUUUACUACAUCACGCCAAUCUCAACAAACUUACACCGUUUAUAAGAUUAAUUCGGAUCAAAUUCGCAAAUAGAUUACAUAUUUCACCUUAAAUAUCUAUUUAUUACAAUUUCUAAUAAACCAAUCAGUGCCGUAAUUACAUUUCUGUGCGUGCAACAAGCAAGAAAAAAAGAGAAGCUGUCGUGUGUUUGAAGGUGACAGUAGUAAAUAUGAAAGUGGUAGUGUUUAUAAGUUUUUACUAAAAAAAUAUAGAAUAGUGGUUAAUAAAACAUUUAAAGUAUGGAAUUUGCGCCGAGUCCGCAAGGCCACGGUAUGCCUAACAUGUCUCUUCCACCACCCGGUAUGGGUGGCCAAGGAUACUCUAGACCACAAUUUAGACCGUUUUUAAGCGCAAAUAGACCGUUACCAGGACCGUUGGGAAACAUGACUUUGGAGGAUUUCGAUGGGAAACGAUUAAGAAAAUCUGUUAUGAGAAAAACCGUCGAUUAUAAUUCGUCUAUUAUUAAAGAAUUACAAACGAGAGUUUGGCAAAGAGAUUAUCGAGAUAGACGCGCUCUCCAACCAGAUGUGAUGUAUUACCCCGACAUGAUGCCACCACCGAGUUAUCCAGACAAUCCAAUCAAUUGUGUCACAACUAGAUUUGUUAAAACAGCAACCAAUAAGAUGCGGUGUCCCAUAUUUUGUAUGGCUUGGACGCCGGAGGGACGUCGAUUAGUCACAGGGGCGAGUUCUGGGGAGUUUACACUUUGGAAUGGGUUAACUUUUAAUUUUGAAACAAUUUUGCAAGCACAUGAUAGUCCGGUGAGAACGAUGGUUUGGUCGCAUAACGAUAGUUGGAUGGUGACUGGAGACCAUGCCGGUUACGUGAAGUACUGGCAGUCAAACAUGAACAACGUGAAGAUGUUCCAGGCGCAUAAAGAGGCUCUUCGUGGAAUAAGCUUCAGCCCAUCCGAUAGUAAAUUCGUCACCUGUUCAGACGAUGGAACACUUCGAAUAUGGGAUUUUUUUCGUUAUACAGAAGAAAAAGUUUUACGAGGUCAUGGUGCCGAUGUAAAAUGCGUACACUGGCAUCCGCAGAAAGCCUUAGUCAUAUCUGGAAGUAAAGAUAAUCAACAACCGAUUAAGUUAUGGGAUCCAAAAACUGGACAAUCUUUAGCAACUUUACACGCUCAUAAAUCAACGGUGAUGGAUUUAAAAUGGAACGAAAACGGAAAUUGGUUAAUAACCGCCUCUAGAGAUCACUUAUUAAAACUUUUCGACCUCCGCAACCUUAGCCAAGAAAUCCAAACGUUUCGAGGACAUAAAAAAGAAGCCUCCAGCGUUGCUUGGCACCCGCAUCAUGAAGGCUUAUUCUGUAGUGGUGGCUCAGAUGGAUCUAUCAUGUUUUGGCACGUUGGGGCCGACAAAGAAGUAGGAGCUAUCGAGCAAGCUCAUGAUAGUAUCGUGUGGACUUUAGCUUGGCAUCCUCUUGGGCACAUUUUAUGUUCUGGUUCGAAUGAUCAUACCAGUAAAUUUUGGACAAGGAAUCGACCAGGCGAUUUAAUGAGAGAUAAAUAUAAUUUGAACACUUUACCUGCUGGAAUUGCUGGAUUAGAUGAUGUUGAUAUAGCUGAUGAACCGGCUGUGAUACCAGGAAUGGGUCCAGAAGAUAAAGUCGACGUAAAUCUUUUCCCCGACGAUAACGCAACGAUUCCCGGAUUAGAUUUAGAUCCGUUAGGAAAUAACGCAGACGAUAAAGUGAAAGUAAAAAAGGUUCCUUACAGUAAACCAAUUCCAAGAAACUUCCAAGCUCAAUGGAACGAAACGGGCGAGGAAGAAUCGAAUUUGACCGAGGUUAUCAGCCAAAUCGUUGAAAAUACACCCGGCGUCGUUCCGUUACAAAAAAUUGCACCAAAUGCCAUUAUAAUUUAUGGAAAAUUAAUUCCCGUUGAACCGGGUUCUAAAUUAGAAGCAGCUUUUGCGGAAGGCCCCGAAGCAUUACAACGUUACAUUGAUUCUGGUGAUAUAGAAGAACUUCAUGAUGUCAUGCCGCAUGAUGAUGAGCAUGAUUACCUCAAUCAAGCGUAUUUAGAUGACGACGACGACGAUGAUAAUGAUGAAACAAGCAACGAAACAAGUCAUAAUAAUAUAAAUAACGGUUCAAAUUGGGAAAAUAAAGAUAUUGAUAUGCGUCAGCAAGAUGUCGAUUAUCGCCAAAAUCAACAAAAUCAACAAAACCAACAAAAUCAACACAGAUCGGUUAAUUUUAAUCAAGGUGGAAAUCAAGAUGAUGAUUAUUGUAAUCAAGGUUUUCGGGAUGAUAAUAAUUAUCAAGAUUAUAAUAAAGAGGAUGAUUAUGAUGGUUAUUAUGAGGAUAAUCGGGGUUGGAGGAAUGGGCAAAAAUUUGGGAGAGGUUACCAGGAGAUGCCACCCCCUCCGCCGGUUAAUUUUAAUAGAAAUUUUCGUCCGAAUGUUCCGCCACCGUUUGGGAUGUAUCAAGAGAAUCCCGGGUGGAAUGGUCCCCCGGAUGGUGCUUUCCGCGGAAGGGGCGGAUUUAGGGGCCUUAGGGGUAAUCGCGGGUUUGGCGGUAAACAGAACAAUUGGAAUCCCCGUAUGCCGGGACCACGAGGCGGCGCCCCUAGAGGAGGACCUUCGAGAGGACGUUUUUAAUUUUAUGUUCAAAUAUUUCUUUUCUUUCUGCCGAAUGUAUUGAUUAAUUUUUAGA